CUUUUUCUCUCUUCGCUAAUUCUCAUUCCUUUCAACUUCACUCGUUCACUCUCCGAUGCCCUCAGCAUUCACUUCACAGCUCUCCAUGCCGGAAAUCCCCGUCGAUUUCCGUGCUCCGCCGCCCUCUCCGGUGGCCUCCGGCAGAAGAUCCUCCGUCACCAACGACGAAGUUUUGACAGAAUUCCUAGAAGCCUCGCUCCGCGUCCCCGAUCUUGUCUUGCCGGACAAAAUCUUCCCCAAACAGAAGCUUCUCGAAACACCUCCUAAGGUCGAUUUCGUGUCAUUGUGCUUCCACCGCGACGACGCUCUCCGCGACAUCGUUUCCGAUUCCUUGACCACGCUCGGAUGCUUCCAGUUGCUCAACCACGGCAUUCCUCUACAACUCAUGGCCUCCGUUGCUGACGCCGCCGCAGGCAUCUUUCAAAUUCCGCCGGACAAACGAUCGCCGGCUACAAGAUCGCCGGAGAAGCCCUGGGGAUUCGAGGAGUAUCAUGCAGGGGAGGAAGAAGAAGUGGGAAGUGGAUUGAAUGAAGAAUUCGUGUGGUGCAAUGAUAAUGAGUUGAAGUUGAAAAUGGAGGGAAUUUGGCCAAUUGGAUAUCCAAAUUUCAGCAAGAAGAUGGAAAUGGUGAUGUCCCGCAUAGAGAUGGUAGCUAUGAAAAUUUUGGGAGGGAUUUUGAAGGACGAUCCUAUAGAAUUGGAGGGUGAUGUUGCUGACAUGGGUGAUCACAUUCAUGGGCAUGAACUUGGGACGCUUUGUUGUGUUUCCAAGCAUUGUAGAGAUAAUGCGAAUGAUCGAUGGGCUAACUCGUUGAAAUAUGACGUGAUUAGAAUGCUGAUUAGGGGAAUCGAUUACUCUCAUUCGUUGUGCUUACAUGUUUGUAAUGGGUCUUCGGAGUUUCACGUUUACUCCAAGAAAAGUUGGCUCUCAUUCUGUCCCGAAGAAGGUGCCCUUAUAAUCACCGUUGGAGAUCAAACUCAGAUAUUGAGUGGUGGACACUACAAGCAUGUGAUUGGAAGGCCAAUCUUUAAAGGAGAAAAAGAAGAGAGCAUUUCAAUGGCUUUCCUCUAUUCUACUAAAAAAACAAAGAACAAAUAUCAAACCAAUAGGGGAAGAUCUAUUUCACUUGGCCAGCAAGCCAUCUUGGCUAUAAUUCUUACCCUUGUGUACCAUGUCAUGAUUUAUGUCUACAAAAAAUUUUGA